ACUCCAGCAGGUGCAAUGGCGAAAGGGAAGGACCCUGUUGGCACGUCGGGUGACAAGGCAUUGUCCGAAGUAGAGCAUUUGCUAAUGCGGAAAACAUUCACCAGGGUUGAGUUUGAUCGUCUCACUGACUUACUGCGUGCAAGAACUGUAGAGCCUGACUCGGCUGCACAAGUGGAACACCAUGUGGAUAAGACCGAAACAAGAACCCGAAUUGAUGGAACAGGAGGCUCCACAUCUCAUGGGAUGGCUGUAGAUCAUUCUCCGCCUGCUAAUGUUCCUAUUCGUGGUGUUACUUCCCCUGCGGAUCUUGCAAAACAAUAUAUGAGCUCCCGUUAUUUGAAAGAACCCCAACCUAGUAGUUCGCGGAGUCAACUAUUUCCUGGUAACAAAGCGGAAGCAGGCAACACUGGUUAUUACAGGGCUUCAGGAGCACCACUUGUUCAGGAGCUGAAAGAAUUUAACAAUGAAAACCCUAGACUUCCUAUGAAUGGCUAUAUGUCUUCAGGAUUACGUGGGCGUUCAGCAAUAUGUAGAAUGUCCCGCUCUCCAUAUUUUAAGGGUCCAAGCUCUUACAGUGAUAUGAAUGCUUCGCCAUUUUCAUCAUCCCACGCACGAACCCCAAGUUUGGCUGGUGACGGCAGGAAGGUGUUGAAACGAAGAGCCGACUUCGAGAGUGAACUUGGGUCUGUGGGCCCCAUACGCAGAAUUCGCCAGAAGUCGAAUAUGAUGUCUCAUUCUAAAGAUGCCAAAGCGAGUCCGUGGGGAAACUUCCCUCCUAGCCGUACAAUUGGUUCAAACUUUGCUGAAGGCAGUUCACCUCAUCAGGAAUCUCCUAGUUCAAAAAGGCUAUUGCUUGAGACUGGCCAAUCUCUGCGAACUGUAGAAAAACAGAGAUAUAGCGAAGAUGGAAAAUCUUCGAGUGAUAAUGUUCCUCCUGUCCCACGUCAACCAAACAAGAUGGCUGAGAAGAUAUUUGAGCAACUUAACAUAAUAGCUCCGUCACCAAAAGACAAACAAUCUGGGCAACGAUCUGUUGCUGGGAGUCCAAGUAAAUCCAUGUCAAAACUACCUGUUUGGCAAGACAAUGGGCCAAAGGGUGUAAGUGACCCCAGUAGUUCCCGUCAAUUUCAAGAUCUGGAUGGGGAUCGCCCCAAUGAUUCAGAUCUGAAUGGUUGCACAUUGAACAAGGACAAGCUGAAGAAAGAUGGAUCAUCAAAAGUUCCUUCCAACAUGUUUCAGGAUUCAGUCAACAAAGAAAUCAAGUCUGAUCAUGUUGCUACGUUUAAUAAGCCUGCCAUUUCGUGGAAUUCAGUUUCUGCUACUACAUCACGGAAGCCAGGCUUUAAAAUGGCUGUUUUUGAGGAUUUAUAUGAGCUUGAUGAUGACCAGGAGGCCCCUGUUCAAUCAAAGAAUUCGGUUAUUGGGACAGAGGUGAAGACAACUGAGCAGAAGUUUAACUCGAAGAUAAAUGAGCGGAAAGUUCAACUUAAUAAAUCUGAGCAGAAAGUGGAAUCAACCUUUUCAAAGGAGAAUGCUAUCAGUUCUUCAGUUAGUGAGCAGCCUAGAACAUCCACGUCAAAAGAUGUCUCUUCAUCAGGCUUGUUUUCGUCCAGUAAUCCUGAAAAGAAGGACACCUCUCAUGUUCCUGCAAAUAACAACAUUGGUUUUACAUUUCCACAUGUACCUCCUGGGGACAAUACUGAGGCUACUGGUUCAGCAGUUCCACUUGCUUCAAAUAAAGAUAAUAAACAGACCAGUGCUUCACCCUUUAUGUUUGGCGCGAAGCCGUCCAGUACAUCAGAUCUGGAAACAUCGACAACUGCUGGUGUAAAAACCGAAGGAAGACUUGGGGAGAGUGUCACCAAGCCCACAUCAUUGGAGAACACUAAUUUAGAGAGAAGGAACGGAAGGGAAAGAGCAGGAGAUGUCCAUAAAUCACCUGACAAGGUGUUACCUACAGCUUCACCAACAUCGACUCCACCUCUCCAUUUUGCUUCUGCUGCAUCUACACCAAGCCUGAGCAAUGGCUUGUCGCAUGCAUCACCACCAAAGUUAUCAAAUGUCACACCCACUGAUAAACCUGCUGUUAGCCCAGCUCCGUCCACAAACAUUGCCAGCUUUGCUGUAUCCAGUAGCAGUCCACCUAUUUCAUCACCAGUCCCUGCAUUUCCAACUUUCAAAUUUGGCUCCAGCACUUCAGCAGUAGCAGCAGCUAAAUCAGAGAGCACAUCUACAGAGACAAAGCCAGCUAGCACUUCAUUCUUCGGUACUGUGGGCACUUCAACUGAAGGCAAAUCUGUAGCCCCAGAACCAGCCAGCAAGACAUCAUCAAAUCUGAAUAGUGCAUUCAAUUUCUCAUCAAAUAUCACAACCUUUUCGAGUUCUCCACUCACAUCCUCUUCUACUUUCUCGAGCACUGCAACAUUUUCGUCUUCUCCUGUCGUGCCUUCAGGUGUUGGAAUUGCGUCAACUAAUUCUGCACCAUCUACUACAAUGGCAACUACUUCUGGUGUCCAGUCUGCUUCAGCACCAGCGUUUGCAUUCUCGAGCUCAGGAAACAGCAUGUUUGGGUUCAGCUCUCCAGCUCAAUCUACUGGUCUGAGCACAACUGUUGGUGGCAGUACUUCUCAAGCAUCUGCUGCUAGCACGAUCUUUGGUAGCAAGCUGCCACAGCCACAGGGCACAAUGGCACAGAGUUCGGCCACACAGUUUAGUUCUUCAUUCCCGACUGUGGCUACCGGAGCGGCAGCUUCAUCAUCUGGUCCAGGUAGUGUGUCUUUUGGAGCGGCAGGGGCAUCCUCAUCAGGUCCGGGAAGUGUUUCUGUUGGAGUAGCAGCUUCCUCAUUUAGCCCUGGUCUCUUCUCGUUUGGAGCAGGGAUUCCGUCAUCUGGUCCUGGGACCGUGUCUUUUGGAGCGGCACCUUCCUCAUCUGGACCUGGGACUGUGUCUUUAGGGGCGACAACUUCCUCUUCUGGGCCUGUGUUUGGUAAUUCACCAUUUGGAUCUGGAGCUGCAUUUUCAGCAGGUAGCUCUUCUGCAGCCUCGUCCUUAACAGCGGCAAGUACAAGUAUGUUCAGCAGCAGCACCACGGCUUCAUCGCCCGCCGCUUUCAGCAACCCAUUUGGUUCAACUCCGUCCCCUCCCAGCACGUUUACAUUUGGCCAAACAGCAUCUUCAGGGGGUGCCUUUUCAUUUGGAGCGAAGUCAGCGCCAGCUUUCUCAUCCCCAAGUCCUCAAGUUUAUUCCUUUACCUCGGCAAGCAUGAAUUCAUCCACACCGCAGCCUGUAUUUGGGGCGACAAAUGCCAACACGGCCUUCGGAACGGGUUCUCCUGGAAAUGAUCAGAUGAACAUGGAAGACAGCAUGGCAGAUGACACGAAUCAAGCAGCGCCACCGCAAGCGUCUGCACCGGUAUUUGGCUCUUCGAUAUUUGGGCAGCCAGGAAAUUCACCUGCUGCUCCAGUAUUCGGGCAGCCAGGAAGUUCACCCGCUGCUCCGGUAUUUGGUGCUCCAGCUGCCCAGCAGCCUGCCGGAGUUUUUCAGUUUGGCGGUCAGCAAGGCUCGGUGCAGCAGCAGAACCCGUCAUUCGCACCUGCUGGUGGUAGCCUGGAGUUUCAGGGUGGGAACUUCUCGUUGGGCAGCACGGGUGGUGGUGACAAGUCCGGCAGGCGGAUCAUCAAGGCCAAAAGGACACAAAGGAAGAAAUCUCCGGUGACCCGUGAACGUGAGCCAAGGAAUAUACAGUACGUCCGGUGCGCCGCAGAGGAUCACGAGGGCCUCCGUGCUGCUUCUUGGAUCCGUGCCGGGUACUGUCCCGUCCCGGCGAUCUAUAAAGAUUCGAGCUCUCUCCGUCUUGUCUGCUUCGAUCACGAGCAGCUGCCGCGCGCAGCGAUGGGCAACACGUGCGUUGGCCCCAGCAUGGGCAAGAACGGCUUCUUCCACUCCGUCUCCACCGCGCUCUGGCGGGCGCGCCCCGAGGGCGACGCGCUGCCGGCCGCAGGCGCCGCUAAUGGCGUCGCGGACCAGGCACCGCCGCCCACGGACGUGCCUCUCACCGUCCACAGCAUACGCAAGGCGCCCGAGCCGGUCAAGAUCGCCUCCGCCACCACCACCACCAAGGCGGCGGCGGAGGCGACACCCAAGCCCGCCUCCGCGGCCGAGCAGGAGGCCAAGUCGUCCUCCGCGGAGUACAGCUCCAACGACUCGAGCUCCAACUCCGGCGAGCCCGGCGCCGCCCGCCCACCAGCGAACCGUCCCAAGGUACCCCCGGUGAAGCGAGUCUCCAGCGCGGGCCUCCUCGUGGGCUCGGUGCUCAAGCGCAAGACGGAGAGCGUCAAGGAGAAGUACAGCCUGGGCCGCCGCCUCGGGCAGGGCCAGUUCGGCACCACGUACCUGUGCGUCGAGCGCGCCAGCGGCAAGGAGUACGCCUGCAAGUCCAUCCUCAAGCGCAAGCUGGUCACCGACGACGACGUGGAGGACGUGCGGCGGGAGAUCCAGAUAAUGUACCACCUGGCGGGCCACCCCAGCGUCAUCUCCAUCAAGGGCGCCUACGAGGACGCCGUCGCCGUGCACCUCGUCAUGGAGCUCUGCGCCGGCGGGGAGCUCUUCGACAGGAUCGUGCAGAAGGGGCAUUAUACCGAGAGGAAGGCGGCGGAGCUCGCCAGGGUCAUCGUCGGCGUCGUCGAGGUCUGCCACUCCAUGGGGGUCAUGCACCGGGAUCUCAAGCCCGAGAACUUCUUGUUUGUUGACCAGACCGAGGAGGCCGCGCUCAAGACCAUCGACUUUGGCCUCUCCGUAUUCUUCAGGCCUGGUCAAAUAUUCACCGACGUUGUCGGAAGCCCUUACUAUGUGGCGCCGGAAGUACUGAAGAAGAAAUACGGCCCGGAGGCAGACGUGUGGAGCGCCGGUGUGAUCAUCUACAUCCUCUUGUGCGGUGUGCCGCCAUUCUGGGCAGAGAACGAGCAGGGUAUAUUCGAAGAGGUUUUGCAUGGGAAACUUGACUUCCAGUCAGAUCCAUGGCCAAGCAUCUCUGAAGGUGCCAAAGAUCUCGUGAGGAGAAUGCUUCUCAGGGACCCCAAGAAGAGAUUGACCGCGCACGAAGUUUUGCGGCAUCCAUGGGUACAGGUUGGUGGUUUGGCUCCUGACAAGCCCCUGGAUUCGGCCGUUCUAUCCCGAAUGAAGCAAUUCUCGGCCAUGAACAAGCUGAAAAAGAUGGCUCUCAGGGUGAUUGCCGAGAACUUGUCCGAGGACGAGAUCGCCGGCCUGAAGGAAAUGUUCAAGAUGAUAGACUCGGACAACAGCGGCCAAAUCACGUACGAAGAGCUCAAGGUCGGUCUGAAGAAGGUGGGGGCCAACCUCCAGGAGUCCGAGAUCUACGCGCUCAUGAAAGCCGCUGACGUUGACAACAGCGGUACGAUCGACUACGGCGAGUUCAUCGCGGCGACACUGCACCUGAACAAGGUGGAGCGGGAGGACCACCUGUUCGCGGCGUUCCAGUAUUUCGACAAGGACGGCAGCGGCUACAUCACCCCCGAUGAGCUGCAGCUCGCCUGCGAGGAGUUCGGCCUCGGCGACGACUCCAUCCACCUCGACGACAUGAUCAGAGAAGUCGACCAGGACAACGACGGUCGGAUAGACUACAACGAGUUCGUGGCGAUGAUGCAGAAGCCCACGCUGGGGCUGCCCAAGAAGUCAGGAGCCGGGUUGCAGAACAGUUUCAGCAUCGGGUUCAGGGAGGCUUUGAGGAUAUCUUGAUACUUGAAGGAGGAGCUAGGUAGUGCGUGCUUCUUCAGUUCUUCUUGUACUCGGUCGGACACUAAUUUGUGCUCGUCCAAGACGGUUCUUGUAGAGAAAUUGUGACUUUGUGGGGGCGAUCUGCAUUUCGUAGCGAUGAAAUGAAUGGCAGCUCCUGGCUGGCGAGUAGCGGAGGAUCGGGACGUGUGUGUAGAGGCAAGGCAGGCAGGCAGGCAGACAUGGUGAUUAUUUGUCACUCCUGGAUGGGUUCAAUUGUGUAUUACUGAUAAUAAACCACAGAAAGAUUGUUUUUA